GAACAUACACAUGUUUGUCUUCGCACGCGCGACUUCGUCAAGGAACGUUUUACUAUACGGUUAUCAUUGAUUAGAGUGAGUUAAACAAGGGCAAAGUCUCCUUAUUUAUUGAUAUACCGUGAUCAAUUUCAACAACUAGCUAUUAGAGAGCAAGUCGCAGUAAAGAAGUACGCCUCUCAGGUGUGUGGAUAAUGUCAUCCACCUGUCGAGCAAUGUAAUGAGUAGCUGUGGAAGUACUAGCAUUAGCACAAAGCUAAAGAGUUCUAGAAACGACAAUAACCAUCAGGAUUCAAUAAUAGCAAAAAAACAAGAUGGCAAAGAUAUCGAGAAUAUUGAAAAUUCUAAAAGUUACAGCUCUAACGACAUUUUAAAAGUUCCAAAGACAACUGUAUUUAUCUGUGAAAGAAACUCUAGCAAUCACUUGGAGGACUAUAGUUUUCCAAGAUUCAAACAAAGAUCUUGUGGUGAAUUAAGAAAUGAGAUUCGAAUGGCUCGCGGAGGUAUUAGUAGUGAACGUGGUCGAGGUGGAAGUGGGAGCAGCGGUGGUUCAAAGAGUCGAGCAUUUAAAAAAACAGUUGAUCAAGAUGCAAACGCAGAUAGUUGUUACUCCCAUCCACCAUCAAGACCAAAAUUUCAAGAAUCACUGAAAAAUCAAGAAAAUAAAUAUUGUGAUGAUAAAAAAAUUAAUGAGGAUUCUAGAAUAUCAAAGCUUUUAAGACGUCUAAGCAGAGAAGAUGAUUAUGACAAUUUUUUGGUUCUUUGCAAGCAACUGCAAGAAGGCAUUGUGGCUCCUGAAAAUCAAAGAUAUAUCAAGCGUAACUUGGAUGUUAUUUGCGAUAACUUAUUAGAUAUUAUGCAUGGUGGCUUCAGUCUUGAUACUAAACAUCAAAUUACCAAGUGUUUAGGAUAUCUUGGUUACAUUGCAGAUCAGGAUUUCAAACGAUUUAUGGAUUGGUUAUUCAAUAAAUAUUCUGCAGAGCGAAAAGAUGAUAUAAAAUGUUUACUUAUGAAAUCGUUUGGAGAAACUUUGAAACUUGAUAUGGAAGCACCGAAAUACAAAGAUCAUUCUAUGGCAAUGAUGUCACAAUUGCAAUCUGCUCUAGAAAAUGUUGAUCGUCCGGAACUUCUCAUCGCUACUGUCGAUUCGAUUCUUUUGAUAACUGAUGUCUACCCAGAAUGUUUUACUGAUCAUUUUCGUGACACAGUAGAUAUUCUUGUUGGCUGGCACAUUGAUUCUACUCAACAAAAAUCAAUAAUCUCCUACGCGAGUCGCAGCUUACAACGCUUACGCAAUUUUUGGAUAGCCGAUUUACAGUUUACAUUAACUUUAUUAGGGCAAUUUCUCGAAGAUAUGGAGAGCUACGAUGAAGAGCUAUCACUACCUGGCUCUGGUAGAAGUUCAUCUGGAGAAGAAGAUGCCAUUCCAUGUCCUAGAGAUUGCAUACUAAGAAUUACUUCAUUGAUAUCUGUUUUUAAUACGGUAUUAAAAUGCAUUGAGGACCAUAUGAAUCCAACUUCUUUACCAAAUAUACAGUGGUCUUUUUUAAUGGAUUGCCUUUUGAAAAUGUUAAAAACGGUUGUCAAAGCUUUGGAACUGGAUGAUGGAAUUGAAAUUUUCAACGAUAAUGAGUUAGGACUGUCACAGGAAAAUACUGAGAGCAUUACUAGAUUCAUGAAAAAUAUGAAUCUCUCUCAAAAGAGCAUCGACACUUUGUUGAAAAACUUGAACAAAGACGAUGAAAUAAAUGAGGCUGGCCUUGCUAAAUUGAUAAAGUCUUUAAAUCUGAGGAAGUGUGGUGAUAGAAAAAACAUUAAAUUCAAUGACAAAGAGACUAUUUCGAAAGAUAAAGAAGAAUCAUUAAUUAAUUUACUCAAAUUCAUGGAUUUACGUCAUAAAAAAAGUUCGGAUUUAUCACAAGAGAAGGAGGAAUUGAUCGUCGUUGCCAACGAGUGCACGUACUUGUUACUUGGACAUUUGCAAAACAGAGUUUCUAAAAGCCACGAUAUAUUGUAUAAAUUUAUUGACCUCCAAAUUCAGCGUGUAAAUAUUUUUUGGGACGACACAAUCAUAUCCAUGCUGAACACUAUCUCUAAAGUAGUCAGAGAGGUAUCGGCGAAUCUUCCUUUGGAUUUGGUACACAGUUUGCUAGGAAAAAAUUCAGAAUUAGUCAAUUUGCGCUUUCGCAGCAAUAUUGGUAUUCAGAACGCAGUUCUAAAUGUUUAUCAUAGCCUAUUGAGUCUGAAAAAUAUUCCUCUUCUGCAAGAGGCAUAUCGCUAUGUUCUUGGCGAUCUUGAAAAUGCCUACAAUACAAUAAUGCCUUUGACUGAACCACUUAUUCCUGAUAAUCCUCUGACAGAUUUGCAUUAUCAGAGGAGACAUGCCGAACUAGUUUUGAUAUUUUUGUUACGUGCAGUUUCUGAAAUAGCUAAUGCAAGCAACUCGAUUAUUGGUAUGUGGGCAUUAAAGCCUAGCAUUUUAGAACUCUUAGCUGUAAAAAUGAAGCCGCAUGACGUUACAUUAUCUAUCGAAAGUCCACUCUUGCAAUACCACAUACUAUUUUUACUCUACAAUCACUGCUCAAGAUACAACCACUUUGUGCCAAGUUCAAAUUUGAUAACAGGUGCAAGUGCCUGUCGACCUCUAGAUUUGUUUCCCGGUACAUUGGAGGUACCCACAGUGUCGCCAACCAGUGGACAUUUGUCCGUGAUAUUGAGUCUUAUCGUAAAAAUCAUCGAGAAUGAAAAACUACCAAAACAAACUCUAUUACUGCAGCUUAACUGGAUUCAAGAAAUUUUUGUACAAGCUGAAAACUAUAUUGGCAAACUCAGCAAGACUGAGGAGUGUAGAAAAAUUAUUCGCAGUUUAAUCGCUUGUGGGGCGACCACCAAUCACAAGAUUUCUCUCGUGGUCUGCAAAAAUAUCGAGAGUAUUAUGAAAUCCAAUCAAGUUUGUUGGUCUGACGAAGAAUAUUGUAGCAUUCUUGAUUUGAUAACUUUACAUUUGACAAGUUUCGACAAGACUGUUUGCGAAGCGUAUAGAAAUCUUUUAGUACACAUUCCACUGAAUAUAGUAAUAGCGAGAGUAAAUAAAGCAGGCCUACUCUCCGACAACAAGAAAUCUCGCUACAUCAAAAACUACUCGGCCGAGUCAUUGAUAUUGGCCCAGAGACUACAUAUGCGCAGUAACAUUGGGGAAAUGCAAGCCCAGCAUUUUAAGUCGUACAUGGCUUAUUUGUUGCAAGAAAAUCAAUUUGAUGCAUUGGGCCUGUGGGAACUGUUUAGUUUGUGCUGGCCAACCAUAUCGGAUAACGAAACUAUGGCUAAAAUGUACGAGUUAGGCUUGGCUAAUCGUUCGGUUCUGUUCUUUUGGGCUGGCUUCGAGGCGGCGCAACAUUGCGUACUGAACAAGUUGCGUACUCCGCUGGGUAAGCCCCAAGAGACUUUCACAACAAUCGAGGGUGCGCUGAAGAUGUUGGCCCGCGAGAUAUCUUGUCCGGGAACGACGACCACGACGGCGGCAAGCGGAGAAUCGUGCUCACUGGACUCUCAGCUGCAGGAGCAUAGCCGCGUACGGCUGUUCAUCGAUUUCUUGGAGCACCUCGAGCGUGUGAUACACAAUGCGGCGGAGGGCUGUGCUGUCGCGUUGCCGCCGCUGUCCAAGCCCGUACGCACGUUUUUUCAUACCAACCGGUCGACUUGCCGCGAGUGGCUGAACCGCAUCAGGUUGGCCUUGUGCGUGGUCUCGUUGCACGCCGGUCUGGCAAGCAGUGCCCUGCGGAACGGCCAGCGGUUGCUCGACGACCUUAGCGCUCAGGGUAAUUGCCAGACCGCGGAGUUUGAGCGAGCAGCCCUCUGCACCGCGCGCGCCAUGGUCAUGCUGUCCGAGGCCGAAGCACUACAGGGCCUUUACGUUUACGCGAAGGACCGCGACCGCAAGUUCACUUGGCUGAAAGCCGCCGUAGAGGAGGCCGCCGGCAAGUACGAAUUAGCCGCCGAGAGUUAUCACCAGGUGCUGGCCGAGCUGCAGUCGAACGGGCUGGGCAGCGCGACCGGCCAAGAUUCGCCAUCGACACCGAGUAGCAACGCGGAGGCCUGUUUCCCCGAGUCGCCGGCCAAGGUGACCGGAGCCGCCACCAGCAGCGGAGAGCUUGCGGAGACAACUCAAGUGGCGGCCUUCUGCAUGGAGCGUCUGGUCAAGUGUUACCGCGCAGUCUGCGACUGGAAGCGUCUUGAGCAAUGGAAGGUGCGUGAGACCGAGAUCCUCGAAGAGAACUCGUGUCUUCGCCGACAGCUACCGACCAAGGGUCUGGUGCUAACGCCCCAGCAGACCACCUGCCUGCGCAAGUUUGAGUGCGGGGAGGAGUUGGCGUUGCGUGAGCUGGCCGACUGGCAGCUGCUUAACGUUGAGACCGACUCGGUCAGAACCAGCUGGAGCAGUGCCAAAACUAUGGCUGAGUGCUCCAAUACUCUGACCAACAUCGCCAUGAGGAUUCACGUGGAUCAGAUGGACGGUGGCAGCGGCGAGCCCCCCGUUGACCAGGACCUCGUCAGCAAGUGCAUGAAAGUGGCGGCCAAAACUCUGGAGGAGAGCCUGCGAAAUUUACCCUCGGAGUACUUGAACGAGGCGAUACUGGCCCAGUAUUCGGCCGUUGGUCUGCUGAAUCUGCUUAAGUACGAAAAUAGCACUGUCGGUGCAAAAGUCUUUCAGAUCUCCCAGGUGGACAAGCUCGGUCUGCUAGACUCAAGCGUGCUCACUCAGAUUCUCUGGUGGUCGGACUAUUUCAAGCGCAGCGACAAGAGUGGCGGCUGCUCGCUUAGCGAAGUCAAUGGACUGCGCUUGCACGUAGCGAGAAGUGCGCGCAAAGAAGGAAACUUUGCCCUAGCGCGCCGCGAGCUAGCCAAGUACUUUGCCAUCUCGGGGCUUGGCGGACCAGGUCAGGAUAUCGACGAUAACGCCGGUGACGACGAUCACCAUCAUCGUCGCUUCCAAGCCGUCGUCGAUGGGAUUAUCGGUUGCGGUAGUGAGAGCCUCCAACCUAUUAACUGGACCAAGGACAACAUGCGGGCUUUUCGAGAGAUGUCCAAGUUGCUCUAUAAUAUGAACCAGUGCGAGGAAGCAGUGAAAGUGUGUAGCGUGACGGCCCUGGGCAUCUCUAGAAGCAUCGUCGACAGCGGCGAGCAAACGUUGCCGGAGGUCCGCGAAGUCGGUACCAAGGUGUUGCUGACUCUCGGCAAGUGGAUUCAGCUGGACGCUAAGCUCGACGACAACCCGCAGCUCGAUGAACUGUUGUACUUCGAGUCGCUGCACAACGACGGCCUCAUGGCUAAGCUGUUUGGCAAGACCACCGAGCUGAUUCCCGCUGCCGACAUCAUUGUUGGUAAGCUCGUGCAGCUUGGCGUCAAUCAGUGCCCGGACCUGCCGACCGCGUGGUCCAACUUUGCCGCUUGGUGCUACAAGUGGGGCCGCAAGAUCGUCGACCACUCCGGCAGUGGGCUUCUUACAGACACCGACAAGGCUGCCAUCCAGUCGCUGCUCCCCGUUGAUAUCACAGAGUCCGACCUAGAUACCAUUUAUGAGAUUUUGAGUCAGAAGAAUCAUGCCGCGGCUCUUGAAGAUGAAGGUGACAUUGAUACUAACGACAUCAAUCCCUUGGAGACCAUUGAGCAGCUUUUGCGCAGCGUUCCCAUUUUAAGUUGCGCAAGCACCGAUCAUUUAGCUGUUUUGGAAAACGUGUGGCGGCAAGCCGAAGCUAGAAUUUACGCUUAUUACGAGCUUUCGGCAAACGCCUACUUCAAGUAUCUGCAAUUAGCGAAAGACGCCAAUAACUGCGAGACCAUCACGGCAACUCUUCGCCUGCUUCGCCUUGUCGUGAAGCACGCGUCCGAAUUGCAAAACGUUUUAGAGUCUGGCCUCUCGACGACCCCGACGAGUCCCUGGAAGGAGAUCAUCCCUCAACUUUUCUCACGUCUCAGUCAUCCCGAGAGCUACGUAAGAACCAGGGUAUCGGAACUGUUGUGCCGUAUCGCUGAGAACUCGCCUCAUCUUAUCACCUUUCCCGCGGUUGUCGGAGCCGUGUCAUGUGGACAGAUGACAAGCCAGUUGCAGUCUAAUCAUCGACAUCAGCAGCAACAGCACUUUGAGAAAGACAACGCCGAUGAAACUGUCGAUAUGGAUUACUUUUUGGGCGAAGACCUCGACUGCCAACCAGAUCCCAAUCAAGUUUCCAUGGAUGCUUGCUUUGUGCAAUUGGCAGACUGCUUGUCCAAUAGGAUUCCGGACUCGGUUGAUCAAGUGAAAGUUCUGGUGAAAGAACUGCGAAGGAUAACGUUACUAUGGGAUGAAUUAUGGCUUGCUACUCUCUACCAGCACCAUUCAGAUAUUUCAAAACGUUUCGAACAGCUUGAGCUUGAAGUGCAAAAAGUUCAGGACAAUAUAUGGCUUUCAAAUGAAGAAAAAGAAACGCUAAUUGCCGAAAAGCACAGGAUUAUUAUGAAACCCAUCAUUUUCAUUUUAGAAAAUCUGUACUCCCUAACUUCAGUGUCUCCAGAAACUCCUCAUGAAAAGUAUUUCCAGGAGAAGUUUGGGGCAUGCGUUGAACGCGUUAUAGACAAACUUAAAAAUCCAAAGAAUCCGUCGAGGCCUCAGACAGCCGCUUUACCACUGAAGCAACUCGAGAGCAAAUUAGCUCAAAAAAUACACAAACGCGGGGCUUAUUCAUUGUUGAUGUCAGAUAUUAGUCCAAUUUUAGCCAAUUUUAAGGAUACCUGCAUUGCGAUGCCUGGAAUUUCUACCUCAAAGAUGAUUACGAUAAAAUGUGUGGAGAAUAGUGUUCAAAUAUUGCCAACGAAAACUAAGCCGAAGAAGCUAAUGUUCCGCGGUUCAGACGGACAGGUGUACACGUAUUUGUUUAAAGGCUUGGAAGAUUUGCAUUUGGACGAGCGAAUAAUGCAGUUUCUGAGUAUUUGCAAUACAAUGAUGUCGAAAAACAACGACAAAUCAGCGAAGAAAGUGUACCGCGCGCGUCAUUACUCAGUGAUACCUCUGGGGCCGCGUUCCGGCCUCAUACAAUGGGUAGACGGAGUGACGCCGCUGUUUGCGCUUUACAAACGCUGGCAGCAGAAGGAGAGCGCGAUGAAUGGUAAGGGCGGUGGCGGGGUGCUGCGACCAUCGGAGCUCUUCUACAGCAAACUGACGCCCUUGCUCAAGGAGAAGGGCAUAGCCAGCGAUAACAGAAAGGAGUGGCCCCUUUCCAUACUGAAGCAAGUUCUCGCGACGCUUAUGGCCGAAACGCCCAAAGAUCUCUUAGCCAAAGAAAUUUGGUGCAAUAGCUUGAACGCCGGAAGCUGGUGGCAGGCCACUAAGAACUAUUCCUACUCCAUGGCAGUAAUGUCGAUAAUUGGCUACAUCAUUGGCCUGGGCGAUCGUCACUUGGAUAAUGUCCUCGUCGACCUCAACACUGGCGAGGUCGUUCACAUCGACUAUAACGUUUGUUUCGAGAAGGGUAAAACUCUGCGUGUGCCCGAGAAAGUGCCAUUCCGUAUGACCCCCAACAUCAAGACUGCUCUAGGCGUCACCGGAGUAGAGGGCAUAUUCCGCGUGGGCUGCGAGGCGACGCUGCGCGUGAUGCGCCGUGGCCGCGAGACCCUGCUGACCCUGCUGGAGGCGUUCGUGUACGAACCGCUUGUGGACUGGCGGGCUGGCGGUGACGGCGGGGCGAUCGGCAGCCUGGCGCGCCAGGGCAGUCGCGGGACGGCAGAAGCGGGCGCAGGUGCGCUCGGCGGGACCGGGACCGCGGUAGCCAGCCGCCGGCAGCAGCUCGAGCACGAGCUCACCCAGGCCAUGUUCGCGGUGCGCCUGGCCGAGAUGCGCGCCGAGUGGCUGGCGAACCGACAGGAGCUCGCCGCCGCGUUCCCAGUCCUGGCCCAGCGCCUCGGCUGCUGGAUCGAGCUGGGCGAGGGCGCGCGCCACUGCCAGGAGCAGCUGCAGGACCGCCACCGCCAGUUGGCCCUGGUCAAGGAGGCCCAGGCCAUGGGCAAAAGCCACGCGCUCUACAGCCUGGUCAAGCGCUACAACACGGCCAAGCGCGCCCAGGAUCUGCUGGAGCAAGCCAAACUGGGGCUGCAAGAGCGUCUGGACGACUGCCACAAGCACAUCUCCAGUCACAAUCUGGCCUUGAGCGCCGUGCGAGGCGGCCAGCUGGGACGCUGGAUCAGCGAGCUGCAGGCCUGCGGCGGUCAGGAGGAGCAGCUGGUGUUCGAGCUGGUGAAGGAGUUCCUGCAGAACGCCGGCCAGAGCCAAAUGAUCGCGCAGUGCGAACAGUCGGAAAGCGAGCUGGGCCAGCUGGCGAUGCAGCAGUCGGUGCUGGUGCGCAGCUGCCUGGAUCUGCUCAGCCAAUACUCGGCCAUCUGUAGUCUGUACCCGCUGAGUCACAUGGCCCAGCACCGCUCGCUGGCCUACGCCGGCUGGGCGGGCAAGCUGCUGCUACAGGCGGCCUCGUUGUCCGCGGGCAGCUUGGAGGCCUGUCGCGAGGUGCUCGGCCAGCUGGAGGCGCUGGCGGCACCGGCACGCCCCGGCAGCCCACGUCUGCAGCGUACCGUGGCCUUCUCCUACCAGGUUCAGGCCAUCUUGGGCGAGGCUAACGACAAACUGACCAAGGCCUACGAGCGCAUGAUCACCGAGGGCUUGCCGGACGCGCUAGCGCGCAUCGACAAAGCCCACCUGGACUCAAAGGCGCAGAUCGCGCAGUUCCUGCGCAGCAAGGAGCAGGGCGCAGACAAGGCACUCGAGUGCGUGACCGUCGGCGCACUCUGCGCCCUCAACAAGAAGUACCUAAUGAUGGAGGGUGCGGCCAAGUGCGCCGGUGACUGCCUGGUCGAUCUCACCUCCCGCGACGGCGACUGGUUCCUCGACGAGAUGCGACUCAUGUCGUCGCUCAUCGUCGAGCUGCUCUCUCUACUGCCGUCCCUACUGCCCACCGACGACGGCCACGAGUGUGCCGAUCCGAACGUUCGUCUAGUCGUACGCUGUCUCCGCAGCGCCGACUCCAUUCACAAGGGCCUGCAGGAGCUCAACUACAACUUCCACACCAUCAUACUACCCGAGGCCACCAAGACCAUCAUCACCGAGGAGCCCACCGUCAUGCGGAUGAUCAACGAGCUCGACGACGUCAUCGCCUCCACCGGGUUCUCCCUCAUGGAGAUCCUCGAGCAGCUCGAGAUGCACAUGAGAUUCACCAUCAUGGAGAUGGACAGCCCGCACGCCAUCAUGCAGAACAUUGUCGAGUCACUAAGGAUUCGCUUUGAGGCUUUGCUCUCACGCCCGGCGGACUUGCAAGAGCUUAAUCAGGAGGAGACCCUCACUGCCGGGCAGAUGCUCCUUAUGGGCUUCAAUGGCCUCUUCGAAAAGCUGCAGAUGGAGGGUAACGCACUUAUCAGCACCCUUAGCUCUGUGGAAAUACCUGCAAGCUGGAAGAAAAUCGACCAAGUCAGAGAAGCCAAGGACAUGACUGCACCUAUCUUUAACCAAGCCGCGCGAGAGGUGCUAGAGGACAUUUUCCUGGUGAAACGGCUGUGCACCAUUCAGAGGUUCUUCUCCAUGUGUCGCGAGAUCGCCGCGGCUUUUCGUAGCGAGCCCGCAAGUGUAUUUGAAGGUGGCUUGUCCGGUGUCUACAGCGAUGAGCAGCUCAACAAGCCGAUUCGCUUCUUCACCGCAGACUAUGUGUCUCGCCAGUUGAUCGGUGUCACCUCGCAAAGUCUUGCCAUUGCUUUAUGCUUCCUACUGCAGCGCAUGGGCUUAAAUGUCAGCACGGAAAUCGAGCAGCGGGAUAUUGGCGCGGAGAGUAAAGUGCCUCUGGAAGAGCUUUGUCGAAAGGCCCUCGAUAUCGGUCUGAAGAGGGGCCUAUUUAACGGUUCCGCUCUCGCGCAAGCCAACGCGCUAAGCAGCGCACUCGAGAGUAGUUGGCGAAGGAUGCAAACUGCCAAAGCCACUCAGCAAGCAGUGGAGGUCGCCAGAGCCAGUGUCCAGAGACUGCAAUUGCAAUUAACCGCCCACUACUGGCUACAUGAAGACUACCUACUAGUCGGCUCCAAUAUCAAUCUGAUUAGUCCACUAAAUCGGGCGUCGUUCAUGCUGGAACUACGCAAGACCGCCGCUGCUCUAUCCAGUUUGCAGGCUAGGGUGAACGAGGCGCGCGAACAACAGCAGAGCCUGGUGCAGAGCGCGGUACAAAGACUCAAGUGGGCCGCCGGCGCGAACCCUGCGCUCAGCGAGGUGAUGGCAGCCUUCGACAAUGCAGUAAUCAUCAGCUGCGAGAAACUGCAGCGACAGGCCAACCUGUCCGGUUUGGUGGCUAGCACCUGCAACUCGAUCCUACACUACGAGGCGAUACGCACGCGCACUCAGGAGAGCCUGGCCAACGACGCCAACUUCGUGAAGCUGGUGAAGCACUGGGAGGAGAGCUGCGUAUUGGGCAUGAGCCUGACCAUUACGGUGACGCCGGUGGAGGAGGGCCUUGUAGAACUGCUGCAGAACAGCAGCAGCUCGGCCGAUGGCGGUAACAUCGACGCCAACUGGCUGCGCCAAACAGAGAAACUCAUCUCGGAGGCUAUUGUUGAGGCGCAGAAGAAAUUGAAGGAACGCCAGGAGAGUCUGGCCACGGCGCAGCAAACGCUGCGCGAGCAGGUGGCCCUCUUGCAAGCUAUCGUCGCUGAGCACCAUCGCCUCAUGAACGAUGUGCGGCUACCGCUUCGCAGCAUGGCCAAACAACAGAGCCUAGUGGGUCUGCGGGACUUCUUGCUGAACUACCGUUCGUGUACGGAGAGCCUUUCAUCCACCGUGAAAGAGCUAGAGUCUGAGAAUCUGGAGCCGGCGCGGGCCUCGCUACUCAAGAUGGAGUUGGAGGUACUCGCCGUUAAAACACCUCAACUCUACGACGAGCUGCUGUCGUUCGCCAAGCCGCCCGCUGCCGGCGGCGGUGAGUCGAUGGCGGCCGAGGCGACGCCGGCCCCGCCCACGAUCACAAGUAGGGCCAAGCUCGUCAGGCAGGACAGCAUAUGCCUAAGCCCUAGAAAAGGAGUGCCGGCACCAGCUCGUGACCCAACCACCGGCAAAGCUGUGCAAGAGCGCAACGCUUACGCGCUGAACGUGUGGCGCAGGGUGCGCAUGAAGCUCGAGGGCCGCGACCCCAACCCUAAUCGCAAGUACUCGACUGCUGAGCAGGUUGAGUACGUGAUACGCGAGGCUCAGAGCAUCGAAAAUCUGGCUCUCCUCUAUGAAGGCUGGACGCCAUGGGUUUGAGCGGCCACGUGGAAUACGCCUUGCACGGCGUCCUGGAAUUUAUAAAGCAUGCGCAAAUCCACGAUAACGAGCCAAGCAACAGUUACUCAGCCAGCCAGUCGGUGUCUCUUUUUCUAGAAGAAUGUCAAAGCUAUCGACCAAGAGUUAGAUAGGCGAACAAGGGACAGCAGAAGGAGAACGAAGCAGUCAAUCGUGGCUUUAGCCACACGCUGCUAUUGCUGCUGCUGCUGCCGCCGCUGCCGCUGCUGCCAUUGCUGCUAUACCGUGAUGCCUCAUUUAACUGGCGGCUUGACCAACGGCCAGUCCAUCAACCUGCGUUAAUCUGCUCACCGUAGAUGUCUCAAUUCAAAACCUCCCCUUCUCCCUCUUUCUCAAUUUCAUGAAAUAGUCAGGAGCCUUUCGACCUUAUCGAGACGUACAAGCACCGAGCAGAACCUAACGAACAAACAUUGUUAUUCAAUCAAUUCGAAUAAACAACAAUUGUAAGAGGGAACAAGAUUGAAGCGACGUUUUAUCGACUUUAUGAAUGGAUUUUGACAACAGAUUAGAAUUUGCGUUAAAUAAAUUGCUUGGGCAAAUCAAAAUAUUCAUACGCAUCUUGCCCUUAUCUCAAUUUUCGUUUUUGUCCCAUUUAUCCAUUUAAUAUUAUUUUUAUCAUCAUUACUAUUACAGCUACUACGACUAUCAUUAUUAUUAUUAUUAUUAUUAUUAUUAUUAUUAUUAUUAUUAUUAUUAUUAUUAUUAUUAUUAUUAUUAUUAUUAUUAUUACUACUACUAUUAUUGUUGUUACUACUAUUACUGUUCUCUCUGGCUAUAACCACGCUCACAGAUCUUACUGACUCUCGGCCAUUAUACUCGAUGGCAAGAUAUUUUUGCAGAUUUAAAGAUAAAUUUUUUCAAUGCAAACGAGUGACUAUUUUGAAAAAUAAUGACACAUGGCUUUUAUCGUCACUUGAACCGGGACAACCGAAAUUAUAUAAAGAAGAAUUCAUUUGGGACAAUGUUCGAUAUCAAAAGCUCAUUUAGGAUGUGGAUAUCAUAUGGGUAGAAGAAUCUAGGCCAAUAGCAUAAUAAUUAGCGAAAGUGCGACAUUUAUUCAAGUUAUAAUGAAAAUCUUCUCGAAUUACCUUGUUUGAUAUUCAAUUAGAUUACGUAAUUUAUACUCCGGUUUAUGUGUUGAUUUUCUGCAGAAAGUUACAAAAAUUUUUAAAAAUUAAUCAGACGCAUACAAAUUUUGAUGACCUAAGAAAUUUUUAAUCGUGUUUUUGAUAAAAAUGUUAUUAUAUUAAUUAAUCGUGAUCGCGGAAAUUUAAUCCAAAUCAAUAUUAUUUUUCAUUAAUUUUCGCAAAAUCAUUUUUUCAUUGAAAGUAUUUCCAGAUAUAUUAUAUUUAUAUGAAAAUUAAAAAACAGUUUGAUUGCCACGUGACUCAUAAUGAGCAUGAUUGUUUCUAUUUAAAUUAACUGAUUUUAUAUCUCUAAAAAAACACUACUAAAAGAUUAAUUUUAAAAGAUAUAUUAACCCGAUCUAUUUGAUGUGAUGUAUACUUCAAAAUCAGCGUCGCAAAACGAUUACGUUUUGACAGUUAUUAUUGAAAAAAUAAAUUAUUUUAUUUCUAAAAAUAUAUAAGGAUAACUUGAAAUAGAUAAGCUUUUAUGCGUAAUUAUUGUAGAAACUAUAGGAUGCAAACGUCAAUUUUACAGUAAAAAAGUUUGUGAGAAACAUUGCUUAUUUUUGCAAGAUGUCAAAAAUUUGACCAAACCAUUGUACGAACAAGAAAUUUUUGAAAAAAUCCUUACAUCUCGUAUAAGAAGGAUCCGAGAGUUACAUAUAAGUAGUAUAAUUUUUUAGAUAUAUUGCAAGUACAGCGGGUUUUCAAACAAAUUAAAAAAUAGGGAUAUUAACUGUUGAUUAAAAAUCAAAGCCAUUUUAAACAGCCAAUAAUGUGAAAUAGCUAAAAUUUAUAAUAUGCUUCAUUUUAAAUAAAUGAAAUUUUGACACGCGGAAGAAUUCAAAUUAAUAAAUUAUUUUUGUAACUUGAGUACAAUUUUUUAAUUUAUUUGGGUAUAAACAUUGAUUCAUAUAAAUUAAUUUUUUUAAUUAAAUUUUCUAUCUUUUAUCGAUGAUUUUUUGGUAAACUGUCAUUCGACCAUAGCUGUUUAUUUUAUGACAUCACGUUUAUGCUAAGGUGACCGUAUGUUGAAAUCUGGUACAUUGAACACAUGUAUAGAUAAUUUCAAUAAAGAUAAAAAAAUAUGUAUGUAGCACUUGCUAGUCACAAACACUUUUCUCCACUUACCCUUAAUUUUCUUAUCACGACUCGACAAGGAUGACCUUUCUGUAGGCUUGUUAUUUUUCCCAAUGUUGCUCAUUGACAAUUAUACUUUUUCGUAAGACUGUAACACUUAUAGAAUAACAGUAACAUCCAAUUCAUCAGCUAAUCAUGUUGUUUCACUUGCAUGUUAUUAUCGUAUCCGUCAGAACAUUAUGUUAAAGGAAAUACUAAAAAAAUAAUCUAAAUCAUGCUCACAACUUAUAAGUCAAUUACGAUCAAUUGCAAA